GAUUUCAAUGCUGUCAAGCAAUGGCUUUCGCAUUGCUGUGCACAUCAUCAGAAGACUUGCCUCUCUGACACCACUCGGGUCGCCAAGAUUUCGGGGUUUAAACUCAUAGAGUGCUCCUCUCGAAAGCUGGUGACAUUGAGCGAGAUAGCAGAAGUCGACAAAAUGCAAUUCAUUGCUCUCAGUUACGUAUGGGGCUCCAAAGACGCUUCAGAUAUUCCCGCGGGAGACGGUCUUCCGACACAGACGCCCAAGGUUAUCGACGAUGCCAUCGCAGCAACCCAGUACAUGGGGUACAAUUACUUAUGGGUUGAUCGAUACUGCAUUCCACAGGACAAUCCCGAGGCCAAACAUUGUCAAAUUAGGAGCAUGGAUAUCAUUUACGAAUGCGCCACCGUUACUAUCAUCGCAGCCACUGGGGAUGAUCCCUCCUAUGGGUUACCUGGUGUUGCCUCGACGCGGCGGGUUCCACAGGAGUUCGUGGAUAUUGGAUCCGGCACACUCGUUCUCCUUUAUCCCGAUAUUGAUUAUCAGCUUUCAAAAACACGAUGGGACACAAGGGCUUGGACUUACCAAGAAGGACUCCUCUCAUGUCGCCGUCUUUUCUUUUUGGACAAUCAAGUCUAUUUUCAGUGCAACUCUAUCCGUUGCAUGGAAAGCAUCGUAACCCCCUCAGAAGCUGAUGACUCCUUGUACAGAAGAUCGCCCUUGUACAUGUACGAUCUGUGGAAUAAUCAUAUACCAUUCCCAGAUGGAAGGGUCGGAGAUGUCCCGGAGGAGCUGCUUGUACUCAUUGAUACAUAUACCGAGAGGGAACUUGGCUUCCAGAGUGAUGCCCUAAACGCUUUUGAAGGUAUCCUCAGGAGGUUUGUCUCUGCAGCGAAGCCGGUGUAUCACAUUUGGGGGAUUCCGAUUUUCACGUCAGGGAAACAAAUACUGGACAGGCUUGUAGCGGGAUUCCUGUGGCGUUUACGAGUCGAUGACUCCGUUCUCGAUUCUCUAGGACAAGAACAGAGGCGUGCACCCUACCCCGGUACCAUGCGACGACGUCUGUUUCCAAGUUGGUCAUGGGUGGAUUGGAAUGGG